AUGGCCCAGCCGAAGUCGGUGUACCACCCGCCCCGCUCGACAAGCUCCGCGGCUAAAAUGGAACAUACAUUCACCAGAGAAACGAAAACGUGCAGCGCAAGCUGGCCGCGCGCACCACGUGCCACACUGAGUGCGGCAGACCGCCUCGAGCUCGUCUACGACGUGUACACCAACGCAGAGCGGCACCGCCACCCUGGCGCCACCAGCGUCAACAUUGUGUUUCUGCACGGCAGCGGUAUGAGCAAGGUCGUGUGGGAGUACUACUUGUCACGGAUCGUAGCCGCCGACCCGGACGGUCACUACGCGCUGCACAAGCUCGUGCUGAUCGACCAGGCCAACCACGGCGACUCCGGAGUACGCAACCGCGGCAAGCUGGGCACUGGCUUCGACUGGACCGACGGCGCGCGCGACGUGGCCAAGAUAGCCGCCCACGAGUUCAGCGGCUACGAAGGCGGGACGCCACCCGCGCUGAACGUUGCUGUCGGCCAUUCCAUGGGUGGUUUCCAGGCGCUGGCCUGCGACGUGUUGCAGCCCAACCUGUUCCAUCUGCUCAUCCUGAUCGAGCCAGUGGUCAUCACGCGGGUGGCAGCAGCAGCUGCUACAGCAGCUGCUGCCACCGGCGUCUCCCAGAUCCCGGAAACCCUCUACAACUCCCUGUGUUUGAAAACCCGCGACCGUUUCCCCACCGAGUCCGAGUACGUAAAGUACAUGAGGAACAACUCCUUUUUUGCCAACGCGCACACGCAAAUCCUGCAGAACAUCAUCGACUUCGAACGGACGGCGGCCGAAGACGACGGCUCCGUCGUCCGCACAAAGAUGGACCAGGCGCAGAACUUGCUAUGCUACAUGAACAUGCAGUCCUUCGCGCCCUUUUUGAUCAGCAACGUCAAGUUCGUGCGCAAACGCACCAUCCACAUCGUGGGCGCGCGCUCGAACUGGUGUCCGCCAGAAAACCAGCUGUUUUUGCAAAAGACCUUGCAGAACUACCACCUCGACUCCAUUCCGGGCGGGUCCCACCUGGUCAACAUCGAGGCCCCAGACCUCGUCAUCGACAAAAUCAACCACCACAUUCGCGAGUUCGUUCUCACGUACCCGCUGCAGCCCGCUUGUUCGCUUUCCCGCUUGUCGCUCGAGGAACGAAUGGCCAAGUUCAACCAGGCGUUCGAAUCUUUCAAGGACCACGCUUUGAUCAAAACUAGGAACCAGAAACUGUAG